AGCUCCGGCGGCAGGAACUCGAUCCACACACAGCAAGCCGCCAGUCAGCGGAGGCCGGCCCGCGCCGUCCCCUCAGCCGGCGACAGGCCGCCCCUCACACCUGCCUCCAGCGGGGCCGGGCCGGGGCGGGCCGCGGCGGGCGGAGGAAUUCGGCGCUCGGGUUCAUGCUUCCGGCUAGUGACUCAGCCCGGUCCGCUCUGCUAUAAAGACGGGAUGUGCAGCAAGGACCGGCACUUCGAGCUGCCGAGCCAGCACUGCCAAGCCAGCCCAGCCAUGCCGCUGCUGCCCCUGGCCCUGCUAGCCGCGCUCCUGGCCGCCGGCCGCGCCGCCAACCCUUGCUGCUCAAACCCCUGCCAGAACAGAGGCGUCUGCAUGACCGCCGGGCCGGAUCGCUACGAGUGCGACUGCACCAGGACAGGCUUCUACGGGCAGAACUGCACCACACCGGAAUUCUUCACGUGGCUGAAGCUAGCAUUGAAACCAUCACCAAAUACUGUCCACUACAUCCUCACCCACUUCCAAGGAGUCUGGAAUAUCAUCAACAACAUUCCCUUCUUAAGGGACACUAUUAUGAGAUAUGUACUAACGUCAAGAUCACACUUGAUUGACAGCCCACCAACUUACAAUAGUGACUACAAUUACAAAAGCUGGGAAGCUUAUUCCAAUUUUUCUUACUACACGAGAAGCCUUCCACCAGUAGGACUUGACUGCCCAACACCAAUGGGUGUUAAAGGUAAGAAAGAGCUCCCGGAUUCGAAGCUGAUUGUGGAGAAGUUUUUGCUGAGGAGAAAGUUUAUUCCCGACCCGCAAGGCACAAACGUGAUGUUCACCUUCUUUGCCCAGCACUUCACCCACCAGUUCUUCAAGACAGACCAGAAGCGGGGCCCUGCCUUCACCAAAGCGCUCGGCCACGGGGUUGACUUGAACCACAUUUAUGGAGAGACUCUGGAGAGACAACUUAAACUGAGGCUUCGAAAGGAUGGAAAGCUAAAAUACCAGAUGAUCGAUGGAGAAAUGUACCCGCCGACGGUGCGGGACACGCAGGCAGAGAUGCUGUACCCUCCCCACGUGCCCGAGCACCUGCGGUUCUCCGUGGGGCAGGAGGUGUUCGGGCUGGUGCCGGGGCUGAUGAUGUACGCCACGAUCUGGCUGCGCGAGCACAACCGCGUCUGCGACGUGCUCAAGCACCAGCACCCCGAGUGGGACGACGAGCAGCUCUUCCAGACCGCCCGGCUCAUUCUGAUCGGAGAGACAAUCAAGAUCGUUAUAGAGGAUUAUGUGCAGCACCUGAGUGGGUACCACUUCAAGCUGAAGUUUGACCCUGAGCUGCUGUUCAACCAGAAGUUCCAGUACCAGAACCGCAUCGCAGCCGAGUUCAACACCCUGUACCACUGGCACCCGCUGCUGCCCGACACCUUCCAGAUCCAUGACCAGGAGUACACCUUCCAGCAGUUCCUCUACAACAACUCCAUCAUGCUGGAGCAUGGACUCUCCCAUAUGGUCAAAUCUUUCUCCAAGCAAAGUGCUGGCAGGGUUGCUGGUGGGAAGAAUGUUCCUGCUGCAGUGCAGAAAGUGGCAAAGGCCUCCAUUGACCAGAGCAGGCAGAUGAGGUACCAAUCCUUGAACGAGUACAGGAAACGCUUCAUGCUGAAACCGUUCAGAUCCUUUGAAGAGCUUACAGGAGAAAAAGAGAUGGCAGCAGAGCUGGAGGAGCUGUACGGGGACAUCGAUGCAAUGGAGCUGUACCCAGGCCUGCUGGUGGAGAAGCCCCGGCCCGGGGCCAUCUUUGGCGAGACCAUGGUGGAGAUGGGAGCGCCGUUCUCCCUGAAGGGGCUGAUGGGCAACGCCAUCUGCUCCCCCGAGUACUGGAAGCCCAGCACCUUCGGGGGCAAGGUGGGCUUCGACAUCGUCAACACGGCCUCCCUGCAGAAGCUCAUCUGCGACAACGUGAAAGGCUGUCCCUUCACUGCCUUCCACAUCCUGCCUCCCGAGCCCACCGAGGCCACAAUUAACGUUAGUACCUCAAAAACUGCCAUGGAAGAUAUCAACCCCACGCUCCUGCUGAAAGAGCGCUCUGCCGAGCUGUAGAAAUCCAGCUAUCUCUCUAUUUAUUUAUUUAUUUAACUGUGUUAUUUAUUCUAUUUAUGGCUUAGUAUUUAAAAACCAACUUGAGCAUCUUCAUUGUGGGGGUUGCCUUAAAUUCCUUACUGAGGUAAGGCUUCCAUUUACAAAAGGGAUUUUCUGUGUUUCAGCUUGACAGUGGUGAAUCCCUUGUUUAAAAUCUUCUGUAACAGAAUGAUGUAUUCCAAAGUGGACAGAGGUUCCAACUUCUUUUUAUUAUUGUUUUAAUACUUGAUGAAGGGGGUGGUGGUGAUUCUGUCUGGCAGUUUUCAUAGGUCACACAACACUACAAAAGCAGCUUUUUCUCUCAGCAAGUUGAAAGCAGCUAUUGACCUAAAAGUACAAGAAAAAAUCUGACUUAAUGAAAACUGCCAGCAAAUAUUAUGGAUUUCAUAUGAGCACUCAAAAAUUAACAAAAGAAAAAUACUUGAGAUUUACUUCUUUGUGUAAGGUCAGAAAAUGCAUUGCAUUUGUUGUUGAUACUACCUCUCCCUCGCUGCAGAGAGGGCACUUCGUAUCAUAACUUAAUGUCUCUUAUGUACAAAUCCACUUCUGGAUUUAGAUGAAAGUAAUUUUUUACAGCUUUUUAAAAAUAUGUUUUUAAUGUUUUAAAUAUUUAAAGCAAAUUUUUUACAAGUUUUUUUUAAAAUAUUAUUUAAUGUUUUAAAUAUUUAAGAAAAUAGUCUUUUUCCUGGAUUCUACUUCUUUUUGAAGGAAGUGUGACAGAUGUAUUUGUUGUGUAAGGGGGUGAAAAUGAGAUACUGAGCUUAGCAGUAACUGACUCUCAGGCUGCAAUACAGGGCUGCUUGCAUUUGGAUAGGGAUGUUUUUAUUAUGUAACUCUGGGGAGGUCUUAAACUUGGCCCAAGGCACUGGGAUUCUUUUCAUAGCUGUAGUUCUCUGGUCUACUUGAAAAUGUAAUUUUAAUGUCUGUUACACUAAGGACAGAAGGACAGCAUAGCUGGAGUUAGGGUGUGCUGUGGCUUUGUGCUCCCAAAACCAGGGGUGCUGUAAACUGAGCAGCUCUGUAAAUGCACAGAGAACUGAACACAAGAGUUUCAGCAGCACUUCCAGACACAGGAGAUAGCUCUGCCUGUGUGCACUAGCUGUACAUAUAAUUUGUACUUCUAUUUAUUGGGGGGGAAGGGGGGGAGGAGGGACAAUGUUUUAUUUAUAAUUUAUAAACAGAAUUAUUUUAAGUGGCUUAAGCUUCUUUAAAACUGGCCAGCACAAAAUCUCGUAGACGUAUUUGUCCUAAUCCAGCAGUAAAAUAUCUAGUCUCAUCUGGGCGCAUAGGUUGCACAGGAUCUUGUAUAGGACUUCAGACUUUGCAUGUAAGGGUAUCUUUUUUUAAUUUCUAGAGAGGAAAUAUAGAAGAUGAUCUUCCCAUAAAAGCAGCUGGGGAACUAUAGGGAAAAAGAAAAUGUCACUUCAGACUGGAAUAGAGCAGCAACCGGGUAUUCUGUGCCCCUGCCCAAAAUUACUUGACUACUUGUGGAAAAGGACUUGAGUUUUCUAUUUCAUCUGAACUCCCAAGCACUUGUAGAGGCUUGUGCUUUGUACCAGCUCUGGCAGCAGUGUAGUUUGUCUGUGGCUUCUGUUUCCAUGGAUUUGUAGAGCCAGCCAUGCCUCGUGCUGGGUAAGGCUGUAGUUGUGGCCAUGAACAGCAGAACCAAGCUCUCCUGCAGCCAUCGAUACCAGUGACUCAUCUGGAGUGGUCCUUGGUAUGGAUGCUGUGGGAGCAAGAAGGGCAUUUGUUUUCCUUUCUCUGUUGGAAGCACGAAGAAAGGAAAACCUUCUCUCCCCUUGUAUCCAAAGGUGGUCAGUACUGUACAUGCUAAUAAUGAGUGAGCACUGCUCAGACACUUGUUCCUCAUGCAAAUUGUCCAUCAGAUCCAGCUCUGGGCACCCUUCAGAGCACCCUUCUGCCAUUAACCCAGGAGCAGGGUUUGGCAGAGAGUCAAAGGGAGACAAGUCUGGACAGAUCGAGGUAUUUUGGGGUAGGCACAGAGGAAUUCCUCAGACCAUCUCACUUGAGUUAAGUUACAGGCUGCUUCAGCAAGGAUUCCUGUGCACUCUGCGUUCUGUACUCUGCAGCUGCCAAAUGUGGAUGUUUGAGAUUAUUUAUUUAAAAUUCUGUGAAUUGUUUUUCACUUUAUUUUUGUAGGACAACAAUGUUGUUAAAAUGCAAUUGUUUAUAUAAAUAAAUUGAAAACAGUA